GCAACACGAUGGAGCUACAACAGUCAGCGACUCACGGCUGCGUCGAUGAUUAGUAUACCAUUGGGUUUGGCACACUCACUAUUAGUCUAUUCUCCAUGUCGUCGUCGCGUGACGGCGUCGAGUUUGGAUCAAUCUCCGAUAUCCGCCAAUGCAAGGCACGCUGCAGAACGGGAGCCGCAGUGGAGGUGCGCUGAUUCAGCGCGCUCGUUUUGGUCAGCUCGGGACGUCAGGCGAUACCCAGAGAAAUGAAGGUAUUCGGUUACACGGACUAACUUGGCCAGGGGGGAAGUUGUAUUGGACUCUCGAGCAAGCACGUUGAAGAGUCUUCAACCUCUGGACCCUGAGGCGAGCUCAUCGGCUCCUGUCGUCCCGGCUUCUCAAACUUUUGCCUCCUGAUUUCGAGAAUGUUGUUCUCGAAGACCACGAUCCUCUCCCUUCUCGCUGUGACCGCCGUCGACGCGGGAAACCGUGCGUGGGAGCCUCCCAUUCACUACGCCAAAGCGGCCAUCGCCUCUCGGGAUCUGUCCGGCGUCAACAACAUCUAUUUCAACGGAACCAAUGUCUCGUCUCAUCACCAGGCUCACCAGAAGCGCUUCUUCGGCCUCAGCAACCCGGCCACCACCGGCGCGUAUCCCCGUCUCUGGCCCAACGGCAACAUCGAUGCGUGUUUUGAGCAGCGAAGCCAUCUCCAUCAAGGGGUCAACAAACCCACCCGGCAAAUAUUAUACGACAACCUCAUCACAGCACGUGAGCUAUGGCGUCAAGCGGGCUUGGAGGACAAUAACGGGAAAUUCCGGUUCAACAUACUGCCAGACGAUGACGCCGGAUGCGAGCGGAACCAGCGUUCAACGCACUUGCUCAUCAUGUACGCCGGGGAGAACAACCGCAAGAUGAGCACGACUGUGGGAGUCGACUCCCCGCAAGCCGCCCCCGAGAGCGAUCGCCCUGACAGCGAGCUCGGGCCGGUGAUGACGCUUAGCGAUGUGAUCGAUAUCGGUAUGGGCAAUGUAGUGGCUAAUUAUGCGCAUGAAAUGGGGCACUCAUGGGGCCUUCACCACGAGCAUCAAAACCCCAAAUGGUGGUCCGAGACUUUCACCGGCGUCGAACGUGCAAAUUACUUCUUCGGCGAGGAAAACUUCCAUUGCACAAAUCUCCGGGACUACGCUACCGUCAUGGCCCCUUACGACGGCCAACCAGACUACAUAAAGAAUGCUUACAAGAAUGAAAUUUGCCGCGACCGCAGCAAAGCCAGCAGGGCCAAGUUUGCCGGCGGCUUCAACUAUGUUCCCAUCACAGAUGAGCCCGGCACCAUCGAUGACGAACGGAAUGAGCCGGACUGGGAGUCGAUUAUGCUCUAUCCCAGUAACGCUGGAGGCAGGGUUGAUGCAUCUGGUCAGAAGCUGAACGUCCUCACGAAGCGUAAUGGGGACUUGAUCGAUCCUGUGUCCAAGCCGAGUAGGCGCGAUAUCGCCGGCCUCAAGAAGAUGUAUGGCGUCAAGACGAGCUUCUUCGCCAAGCUCCUCAAUGACAAGAGCAACCCGCUCAGGAAUAUGUUUGACGGAAUCAGGAAGAAGGACCGGGACUCGGGCUGUUCCUCUUAGGUUAUGAAUCUUGGUAACAGACGUAAAGAUAUGGCAAAUAUAGGGCGAUGGAAGAGUAAU